ACUGUUCCACUUCUACACAAACUUCCCGCGUCUGUACUUAACUAACCAAGGCUGUGGUUACCGGAGGUUACAGUUUGACGUCACUCAGCGGGAUCGGUUAACCUUCAGUCACCGGUUAACGAUAAGCUAACUGUGUGUGUGUGUGUGUGUGUCAGGUUAGCGCCAUUUCAUCAAGUGCUUUUCAGGGCAUCGGUGUAAAUCAACUUAAUUUAACCAAUGCAUGAUCGGAAUAUGAAACACCUGAGGACAGGUGAGCUUCUUGAGUCGAUGUCAGGCGGGUUUAAAGAUAGGCUAUCAUCACUAACAGGACGUUGAGUUGAAGAUGUCGGGGCUGCGGUUCAUUGUGAGUGGACUGCGUGGAGGAGGAAGACUCCUGAGAAGUCUUCCUCACGUCCAGAAGACGUGCGUGUCCUCGGAGACCCUCCACAUCAGACUGUACGGAGGUCCUCCUCGUCUUCCUCUGAGGACUCAGCUGUGUUUCCUGUCUCAGGGCCGGGACCCGUCCCCCUCUACAGCUAAACUGAAGCUGAGGACUCGUCUGCUGGUGACUCUGCUGUUCGGCAGCGGCUUGCUGGCCGUGUGGUUGUACGUGUACUCGGAGAAGCAGCAGAAGUUGCGGCAGCAGCGGAUCCAGCAGCUGCAGCGGGUGGCUCUGGGUCAGGGGAGCUUCAGCCUCCUGGACCACAGGGGGCAGCGCAGGACCAAGCGGGACUUCCUGGGCAGCUGGGUGCUGAUGUACUUCGGCUUCACGCACUGCCCCGACAUCUGCCCUGAGGAGCUGGACAAGCUGAGCGCCGUGGUGUCGGCUCUGGACCGGGACGCCUCGCUGCCGCCGGUCCAGCCCCUCUUCAUCACCGUGGACCCGGAGAGGGACGACGUGCCGGCGCUGGCCCGAUACGUCAAAGACUUCCACCCCCGCCUGAUCGGACUGACGGGUACGUCAGAGGAGGUGAAACACGCAGGACAAGACUACAGAGUGUACGCCAGCCCCGGACCCAAAGACGAGGACGGAGACUACAUCGUGGAUCACACCAUCCUGAUCUACCUCAUCAGUCCUGACGGGCUGUUUCUGGACUACUACAACAGGACGAAGGACCAGGAGCAGAUCACAGAGAGCAUCAGGAACCACGUCAAGAACUACAUCCGACUCUGAGGAACCGGACUGAAACUUUAACGCUGCAGACUCCUGGGACCUGGAAAUGUUAUAUACAUGAAUGACUGAGGCAGCUCCUGGACCUUCCCCCAGAUCACAUCACAUUUAUGUUGUAUGAAGCACA